GUCUCUCUCUAUUUUCUGCGGGGUUUUAUGGUAUUGGUAUGGGUGGAUGAUGUUAGAAUUGGAUCCGCCAUUCAUCGACAUCAACAACAAAAAGAAAGGGGGGAAAAAGAAAAUAGAAAUUCUUCCUUUUAUUUGGUUCUUGUUUGCCUCGUAAAUUCUCUCUUGAUCUCUGUUUUUAUCCUUUGAUCACUAUCGAAAUUCGCCGUAAAUCAGAAUCUUCGUCUGGUGAAGCUGGUCAUUUAACUAUGAGUAGCGGGGAUCUUAUCAACAUUCAACCCCACGAGCUCAAAUUUCCAUUUGAAUUGAAGAAGCAGAGUUCAUGUUCUCUGCAAUUGACAAACAAGACCGAACAAUAUGUAGCCUUCAAGGUUAAAACAACUAACCCCAAGAAAUACUGCGUGCGACCUAACACGGGAAUAGUCCAACCUGGGACAACAUGCGAUGUCACAGUGACAAUGCAAGCGCAAAAGGAGGCCCCAUCUGAUAUGCAAUGCAAAGACAAAUUCCUCCUUCAGAGCGUUGCUGCUCCUCAUGGUGCGACCACAAAGGAUAUAACCCCAGAGAUGUUCAAUAAAGAGGCUGGGAAGGUUGUGGAGGAGUUCAAAUUGAGGGUGGUUUAUAUUCCCGCUAAUCCUCCCUCCCCUGUUCCUGAAGGAUCUGAAGAAGGAUCUUCUCCUAGGGCACCUAUCCUAGAGAAUGGCAACCAAAACAUGGGGUUAUCUGAAGCUACAACAAGAUCGGUAGAGGAACAAAAAGAGAAAUCUUCAGAGGCAUUGUCUAUCAUUUCCAAGUUAAAUGUAGAGAAAUCAUAUGCUCUUCAACAAAAUCAGAAACUCCAUCAAGAAUUGGAGUUGAUGAGAAAAGAGAUUAGCAAAAAACAUGCUGGUGGCUUCUCCUUCCUGUUUGUUGUACUGAUUGGUCUUCUGGGCAUCCUUGUCGGCUAUCUCAUAAACAGAGGACGUUGAAGUCCAAAGACCAAAUAUCAGAACUUUUGUCAGCAUCCUUGUACCAAUAUUUGGAUGUUUGGAUGUUAUCAGAACUCCUCAGGAGGAUUUAUUCUAUAAUGUAGUUGUAAAGUGAUUGGUUUUCCUUAAUUGUGUAUUAUUGCCUUGCUGGGUUGUAAUUCAUUACUUGCGGUUUCAGAAAAAAAGGUAAGGUUUUUUCAA